AUGAGAGCCCACACCUUGCUGUCAUCGCGGUCUUUACUGGCCUACACUCGGCCUACCUGUCUGUCGGCUUCAAUUGCUUCUCUUUCACUCACAAGAUGCUUCUCGACGACAUCGCCAGCGCUUGACUGGCUCACUCCCAAAUUUGCCGAAAAGUCCAAGUCCCCCAAAGGCCGGCCACAUGUCGCCACAGGAGGAUCAACCCGAGGAACGACGGUGGUAUGGGGAGACUUUGGCCUUCGUAUGAAGGAUCAUGACCGCCGAAUGCCAGCCUCAGCUCUCAAGAUUGCAGAGGAAACGAUUAAGAGGCGGCUUCGAGGUAUGAAUUACAAGCUGUACAAGCGUGUUAGCGCCAACAUUGGUGUCUACACCAAGGGCAAUGAACAACGUAUGGGUAAGGGUAAGGGUAAAUUCGACUACUGGACGGUCCGUCUACCCGUCAGUCGGGUUGUCUUUGAGUUGAAGGGAGAUUUGCACGAAAAGGUUGCCCGAGAGGCCUUCAGAUUGGCUGGUCACAAGUUGCCAGGUCUUUGGGAGUUUGUGAAGAAGGAUGAUCCGCCCGUCGUUGGAAUUACGAAGCUCGGUAACGGCGUCACGCUCGAAACGCUGAAGCGAGCCCGCCGGAACCCGCCUCUUGGCACUGGUGACCUCGUGAACCCUCCCAAGUCCACAUCCUCUAGCCCCGACGCUCCUCAAUAA